GUUCACAGCAAGUCACACUUGCCUUGUCCGCGAGGGAGUCAAACGGGAGUUCUGUCUGUUUUGGGGGGAAGCAAUGAUCUUAACAUAUUUAUUUUAAUCUUGAAAACUGCUUCCUAUUAUAUACACAUCUUUUCAGAAAUAGAGAAAGGGGGUAUCAAAUGCUUAAACUGGACUUACAUAUACAUUCAAGUGAUUUCUAGCGACACUAUUUAUAUCUCACCAUUGAAAAACCGCCUGCAACAAUUAUUUCAUGGCUUCUCCCGAGCAACUGGCUAUAGAGCUAUCUGUAUCUGCUUUGCUAGCAAGCUAGCUACAGGACUUAGCUAGCUAGCUAUCUAGUUGUUAGGUUCCGAUAAGUAAACAGAGAUUAUUUCUCGUUGAGAGAUAACUAGCUAGCUAGCUAGCUAAACCACAACAGGGAUCACGCACAGCUAUUUUCAAGCUAGCUAGCUAGCUUUCUAACGUUGUAUUAUUCUAAAGCCGGACGUUAAAACGUUAGCAAGUAGACAGCUAGCUACACACUUUAGCUAGCUGGCCACUGUUUUUGGCUGAAGAAGACUAGCUAGGUCUCUGUGUCCUUUGUUUUAAAAAAGGACUAGCUGAAUUAUUUCCGUCAUCUGUGCAAUCCGCCGUUUUCAUGGCUCCUCAAAAGCACGGCGCGGGGAGUGGUGGUUCUGCUUCGGGUCCUGGUUUGGGUUGUACUAGUGGUAAAGCCAAUGGUGGUGUGUACCAGUCCUCCGCUGUUGUGAUGGCCCCGGUGAAGAAGCCGAAAAUGGAACUCAUACAAGCCGAUCAUGAGCUUUUCCUCCAGGCCUUCGAAAAACCAACACAAAUCUACAGAUUCCUUCGCACCAGGAACCUGAUUGCGCCCAUUUUCUUGCACAGGACGCUCACGUACAUGUCCCACCGGAACUCACGAACAAAUGCCAAAAGGAAGUCCUUUAAAGUGGACGACUUGCUGUUCAAAGUGGAGAAGAUGAGAGGAGAGCAGGAGUCCCACAGCCUGGCUUCACACCUUCAGCUCACAUUCACUGGAUUCUUCCAUAAAAUAGAAAAGCCAUCGCAGAACUCAGAGAACGAACAAAACUCUGUGUCUUUAGAGGUGCUACUCGUCAAAGUCUGCCACAAAAAACGCAAGGACGUCAGCUGCCCGGUCAAGCAAGUGCCCACCGGUAAGAAGCAGGUGCCUUUGAACCCUGACGGCGGCCAGCCCAAGCCGGGAGCCUUCCCCUCGCUGGUGGUGUCCAGCAACGAGUUCGAGCCCAGCAACAGCCACAUGGUCAAGUCCUACUCGCUGCUGUUCCGCGUGUCCCGGCCGGGGAGGCGGGACCUCAACGGCCUAGCCAACGGCGAAACCAACGAGAACAUCGAUGUCAUGGAGGAGCUUCCAAACAGGAGGAGGAGGAACAUGUCUCAUCGAGAGGACGGGGAGACCACCUUCGUCGCCCAGAUGACUGUCUUCGAUAAAAACAGGCGUCUGCAGUUGCUGGAUGGGGAGUAUGAAGUGUCCAUGCAGGAGAUGGAGGACUGCCCGGUCAGCAAGAAGAGAGCCACCUGGGAGACCAUCCUGGAUGGGAAGUGGCUGCCCCCUUUCGAGACGUUCUCUCAGGGACCCACGCUGCAGUUCACCCUGCGCUGGACGGGCGACUCCGCCGACAAGUCCACCGCCCCCGUGGCCAAGCCCCUGGCCACCCGCAACUCGGACUCCAGCGCCGUGGAGAGCCGGCCCAGCGCCGUCAAGCCCGCGCAGGCCCUAGCUGUUAAGGACUCCAUUAGCACAGAUAUCCAGACGAGGAGAGAGCAGAUUUCCGUUGAGCCGCGGCAGAAGCUGCGCAUAUUUUAUCAGUUCUUGUACAAUAACAACACCCGGCAGCAGACGGAGGCGCGGGAUGACCUGCACUGCCCCUGGUGCACUCUCAACUGCCGCAAGCUCUACAGUCUGCUCAAGCACCUCAAGCUGUCCCACAGCCGCUUCAUCUUCAACUAUGUGCCUCACCCGAAGGGAGCCCGGAUAGACGUGUCCAUUAACGAGUGCUACGACGGCUCGUACGUGGGGAACCCUCAGGACAUCCACAGCCAGCCCGGCUUCGCCUUCAGCCGCAAUGGCCCCGUCAAGAGGACCGCCGUCACCCACGUCCUGGUCUGCAGGCCCAAGCGCACGAAGCCCAGCCUGUCGGAGUUCCUGGAGUCGGAGGACGGGGAGCGGGAGCAGCAGCGCACCUACAUCAGCGGCCACAACCGCCUGUACUUCCACAGCGACAGCUGCAUGCCCCUGCGGCCGCAGGAGAUGGAGGUGGACAGCGAGGACGAGCGAGACCCCGAGUGGCUGAGGGAGAAGACCAUCACGCAAAUAGAAGAGUUCACAGACGUGAACGAGGGCGAGAAGGAGGUCAUGAAGCUGUGGAACCUGCACGUGAUGAAGUACGGGUUCAUAGCGGACAAUCAGAUGAACCUGGCCUGCAUGCUGUUCGUGGAGAAGUGCGGGCCCUACAUCGUGGAGAAGAACCUGUGCAGGAACUUCCUGCUGCACCUGGUCAGCAUGCACGACUUCAACCUGGUCAGCAUCGUCACCAUCGACAAGAUCAUGGCCCGCAUGCGCGACAUGCAGGCGCGCAGCGGCAAGGAGGGGGAGGGGGUGGCGGAGGAGCCGCCCGAGCCUGAGCCCCAGCUGAACGGAGGCCACGCCCCCUGCGCCGAGGCGCCCUGUCGCCACGACAACCGCGAGGACGAUGAGGAGGAAGAGGAUGAGGAAGAGGAGGAGGAGGAGGAGGACGACGAGGCCUCCCUGCCAGGCGUUCCCAAGCACAGCAAGCGCCAGAAACUCUGAAGCUCCGCGCCCCCCUCCUUUAACCUCGCCCCCCCCCCCCCCCACCACCAC